AUGCAGUCGCUCGGGUCCUGCGGAGGUCCAGCCGUCCACCUGCGCUCGCAACCGUUUCGCCUGCUGCUGCUCUCGCAGAGGGUCGGACAAGGCCGUAGCUGCAGGCCCCGAUGUACCUCCCGUGAAGGUGCGUGCGUCCACUUCACUCAACCACUGCGUCAACCUCGGACACUCAAAAGAGGCGUGCCGCUCAUCCAGGCACAUGCAGCAGGUGAGUACCACCUGCACGAAGUUUGGGUGCGACUCGUCCUCAACGCCGAGGGGGCUCCGCUUGCGCAGCAGAUCCCGCGCCUCUUCGAUAGGCACAUUGAAGUAAUGCACCAUCACCAGGUACGCCUCAUCAUUUCGCAAAUGCAACGGGACGUGACAAAGCACAAACGCCGCGCGUCGGUACUGACGAUAGUUACUCAGCAGCACAGAGAGUCGGUUCACAUCACGACUGUGGACUUCUGCAAACAGUUCACGGUACGGCGACUUGACGAAUGCGGUGUAGGCGUCCACGACGAGGCGGCUGUUCUCCGCACCGCGCUGCACCGCAGUCUCCACGAUGAGGCGCAGCUGCUGCAGCACCGCCCGCUGUUUCUCCUCUGGCGUCAUAUUGAUUGA